AUGGCUGUACCUGGAUACUAUGAGUUAUAUAGAAGAAGUACGAUUGGUAACAGUUUGGUCGAUGCGUUAGAUACAUUAAUUAGUGAUGGUAGAAUUGAAGCCUCUUUAGCUAUGAGAGUGUUAGAGACAUUUGAUAAAGUUGUAGCAGAGACAUUAAAGGAAAAGACACAAUCAAAGUUAUCUGUAAAGGGUAAUUUAGAUACAUACGGGUUUUGUGAUGACGUCUGGACGUUCAUUGUUAAAAAAUGUAAAGUUACCGUUGAAGGGAAUCCCGAAGAAGCCGAUUCUCAAACUAUUAUUAAUGUUGAUAAAUUAAGAAUCGUUGCAUGUAACUCAAAAAAGAGUGAAUGA